AUGAAUUAUACUGAGUCCAGCCCAUUGGCAGAAUCACCUGCAAUUGGUUUUACACCUAAGUUAGAAAGUAUUAUACCUGUGCCUUCCAAUGACACCGCUUGUGAAAACUGGAGAGAAAUACAUCAUCUGGUUUUUCAUGUAGCAAAUAUUUUUUUUGCAAUUGGGUUGGUUAUUCCAACUACUCUCCACCUCCAUAUGAUACUUCUUAGGGGGAUGUUAGCUAUAGGAUGCUCCUUUUACAUCAUGUGGGCCACACUCUACCGAUGUGCCUUGGAUAUUGUGAUCUGGAACUCAGUGUUCCUCGGUGUCAAUAUGUUGCAUCUUUCAUAUCUUUUGUUCAAGAAAAGACCGGUCAAGAUCGAAAAGGAACUCAACGGCGUAUACCGGCGAUUGUUUGAACCACUCCGAGUGCCUCCAGAUUUGUUCAGAAGAUUAACUGGACAGUUUUGUGUGAUCCAAACCUUGACAAAGGGUCAGACAUAUGCUGCAGAGGAUAAAACCUCAGUCGACGAUCGUCUGAGUAUUCUCCUGAAGGGAAGAAUGAAGGUCUCCUAUCGAGGACAUUUUCUGCAUAACAUUUACCCCUGUGCCUUUAUAGAUUCUCCUGAAUUUAGAUCAACUCAGAUGCACAAAGGUGAAAAAUUCCAGGUCACCAUUGUUGCAGAUGAUAACUGCAGAUAUUUAUGCUGGUCAAGAGAAAGAUUAACUUACUUCCUGGAAUCCGAACCCUUCCUGUAUGAAAUAUUUAGGUAUCUUAUAGGAAAAGACAUUACAAAUAAGCUCUACUCAUUGAAUGAUCCCACCUUAAAUGAUAAAAAAGCCAAAAAGCUGGAGCACCAGCUCAGCCUCUGCACACAGAUCUCCAUGCUGGAGAUGAGGAACAGCAUCACCAGCUCCAGCGACAGUGAGGACGGCCUGCACCAGUUCCUCCGGGGCACCCCCAGCGCAUCCUCGCUCCAUGUGUCCUCCCCACACCAGCGGGCCUCGGCCAAGAUGAAGCCAAUAGAAGAAGGGGUGGAAGACGAUGACGAAGUCUUUGAACCCGCGUCACCCAAAGCAUUUAAAGUCCGUGAGUUGCCUUGA